UGCUCGAGAUGCUGCUCCUAGUAGUAGUCCUGUAUGUAAAUUUCAUGAAGGCAGAAGAGCCUGUUUGUAGCCUCUAUGACACCGUAGACACACCUUUCUUAUCUAAGGAUGGAGACAUAAUGAUAGCAGGAAUUUUCAACAUUCAUGGCAAUGAAAAUGCAGUGGCUAGUUUUAAAUCUAAACCCAACCCGGCAGAAUGCAAAGUUCUAAAUGAAAGAGAGUACCAGAGUUUGAAAACUAUGAUUUUUGCCAUAGAAGAAAUCAAUAAUAAUAGUAAACUGCUUCCUAAUAUCACCUUGGGAUACAAGAUGUACGAUGCUUGUUCUUCUGUGCAGUUGUCUAUUAAAAAAGCACUGGCAGUAUUAAAUGACCCCAGAAGCAGAACAUUUAGUAAUCUGCCUUGCAGCAGGGCUCCUGCUCCUGUCCAAGCUAUCAUUGGGAUGUCUUCUACAAUCUACACACAAGCUUUGGCUUCAAUUACAAAUGCCUUUCAAAUACCACAAGUAAGUUUUUUUGCUUCCUGUGCUUGCCUAAGUGACAAAACACAGUACCCAACAGUAUUUCGAACAGUUCCAAGUGAUUAUUAUCAAAGCCGAGCCCUAGCACAGCUUUUAAAGUAUUUUGGGUGGAACUGGGUUGGAACAGUUAGAAGUGAUAACGAUUUUGGAAAUGACGGAAUUGCCAGUUUUGCACAAGCUGCUCAGGAAGAAGGCAUUUGUAUAGAAUAUUCAGCUGUCAUUUCAACUGUCAUGACACGACAAAAGUAUAUCAAAGUCAUACGUCUUAUUAAAGAAUCUUCUGCAAAAGUUGUUGUUGCCUAUGUAAAUGCAGUACCAAUGAAAUCAUUUAUUGAUGAGCUAGUACUUGAAAAUGCCACUGGUUUACAGUGGGUAGGAGUCCCAGCCUGGAUGACAAAGAGACUUCCAGCAAAGGAAGAAUAUUAUAAAAUUAUGGGAGGAACAAUUGGAAUGGCUUAUCCCAAUGCUGUAAUCCCUGGAUUAAGGGAAUAUUUACUGAAUAUCCACCCCUUCUGGAAUCCUGAAGAUUCUUAUUUAAAAGAACUUUGGGAAGUUAUCUUUAGUUGUACUUUCAAUUCAAAGGAUGCUACAAAGAAUAAAUGCACAGGGGCUGAAAAUCUGAGAGACAUAAAAACAGAAUACAAUGAUGAAAGUGAAUUUCGAGUUCCCAGUUGUGUAUACAAGGCAUUGUAUGCUGUAGCACAUGCCCUCCAUAAGCUGUACAACUGCAAGGAUGGCCAGGGUCCUUUUAUAAAUAAGACGUGUGCAGACAAGUUGAGAGUUGAGCCGUGGCAGGUUUUACACUAUCUUAAAAAUGUUAACUUUACCACAUUCUAUGGAGACAAUGUUUAUUUUGAUGCAUAUGGUGAUCCAGAAGCAAAGUAUGAAGUGGUAAAUUGGCAGCAUGGUGAAGGGGGACUCAUAAAAUUUGUAACAGUUGGCUUCUAUAACCCAUCGUUACCAGAUGGAAAAAGAAUUCAGAUGAACAAUGUCAGCAUUGUCUGGGCAGGAGGUCACAACCAGAUACCUGUACAUGUGUGUACGGAAAGUUGUCUGCCUGGCACACACAAAGCAGUUAGAAAAGGCCAACACAUUUGCUGCUUUGACUGCAUACCUUGUGCUGACGGGGAAAUAAGCAAUCAGACCAAUUCACUUCACUGUAUGAGCUGCCCUCUCGACUACAGGUCCAGUCAAGACAAAAAUCAAUGCAUCUUGAAAGAUACUGAAUUCCUGUCCUUUGAGGAGAUCAUGGGCUCAUUACUUGUCCUGUUUUCUUUAUUAGGAACUAUAACAACCAUUUGUGUUUCAGUCAUUUUCAUCCUUUACCGGGAUACUCCAGUUGUGAGAGCCAACAAUUCAGAACUCAGCUUUCUUCUGCUGUUCUCCUUAAUCCUUUGUUUCCUUUGCUCACUUACCUUUAUUGGUCAGCCAUCAAACUGGUCAUGUAUGCUGCGACACACGGUUUUUGGGGUCACCUUUGCACUCUGCAUCUCUUGUAUUCUGGCAAAAACAGUUGUGGUGUUAAUGGCUUUCAGAGCCACACUACCCGACAGUAAUGUCAUGAAGUGGUUUGGGCCCUUUCAACAGAGAAUGAGCGUUGCUUCUUUCACAUUAACUCAGGUCAUAAUUUGCAUGUUUUGGUUAGUGUUAUCACCCCCUUUUCCUCAUAAAAAUUUUACGUCAUACAAAGAAAAAAUUAUCUUAGAAUGUGAGGUAGGGUCCAUAGUAGCAUUUUGUACUGUGCUCGGUUACAUUGGAUUUCUGUCAUCAGUGUGCUUUGGCCUUGCUUUUCUUGCUCGUAAGCUUCCUGAUAACUUCAAUGAAGCUCAGCUUAUUACUUUUAGCAUGCUGAUAUUCUGCUCGGUGUGGAUCACUUUCAUCCCAGCUUAUAUUAGUUCACCUGGCAAAUACACAGUAGCAGUUGAAAUAUUUGCAAUACUGGCUUCUAGUUUUGGAUUACUCUUUUGUAUAUUUUUCCCCAAAUGUUAUGUCAUAUUAUUAAAGCCUGAAGAAAACACCAGAAAGCAUCUAAUGGGGAAAAUGCCCUCAAAGUCACUUUAAGAAAAAAUACAAUUUCUUCAGCUGCCCAUGUUUGUAUAAAAGAAAAGAAAAACUUUCACUUCUAAUUUCUUUCUUUCUGUAUUUUUUUCUUUUAUAAAUGACAGUUUUAUAUAGGAUGUUGUAAAGUGUGGAUAAGCUUUGAUUCUGGAAUUUGGUAAAUACUUUGUGCACUUUUUAAAUGUCUUCAAAGAAUAAAUCUUAGUAGUGUAAAAAAGUAAAA